GUAUUGAGUGAACGUAUUUCAUGUGUUUAAAAUAGCGUAAAUAAUGCAUUAAUAUAAUAAAUAAUAAUAAAGUUAAUAUUUUUCUUAUUGUUUUGAGAAAGAUUUUUGAUCACACAAAGUACAGUCAGUUAUAAUGCCAGAGCUCAUUGUGGAUGGGAUUAACAUUACCAACUUAACUGAUGAUGAACUUUUUGUGUGGUUGAAAGAAGCUGGAGUGGAUGUUGGACCAAUUAUUGAUUCAACCAGAGCUGUUUAUCAAAGAAAGCUUGCUCAUCUUCUCCAAAAUAAAGAUCAGGAGGAAAGGUCUGAAGAGAAUACAGAUGAGGAACAGCAGCAAAAUUCCCAAUCUCCUGUUGUGUGUGAUAGAACCAGAGAUUGGACUAAUGAACUACGCAGACGACCGCUGGCAUCAACUCACAGCCCUUGUUCUGAGCAUCUUCAGAGUGGUUCACUAUAUGGACUAAGAAGGUUGGAUGACAGCAUUUAUUCCUCAGGUCACUUAAAGAACUCACAUGAUGUUGAUCAGUUUCAACCUAAAGCAUCUCAACAAACUUCCGUGUCUCUUUUCGUGAAAUUGGUUAUUUUUUCAGUACUUUUUGUCCUAGUUUUCCUGGUGUAUCAAAAUAUGGAGAGUUCUGUGAGCACUUCCAUUCCAGGCAUUAAUGUGAACACUUAACAUGUAGGGAACAUUUUGAAAGUGGUUAAUAUGUUGUUUGUAAUGAAAUAGCAGUGAUUAUAAUGUAUCUUUGAAAUAUAGACAGCUCUGUGAUUUUCUCAUGCACUAAGUAGCAAGAAAGAAGCAAAUCAAAUUUAGUGCUCAGUUAUUAAAACUGGAAAUAAAAUUAAAACUCCCCAUUUUUUUGCACAUACAAGUUUUUCUUUAUGUAGCAAACUUUAUAUUUAACAGUUUUUAGUGUUUUGAAAUUAAACCUGGUUCUUUAAUUGCUUAAAACAGUUUGUGCCUUAAUUGUGUGUAUUAUUCUUCAUUACUGUUUAUCUUAUUUAUGUUUUGCACUUCAUCGUACAGUGUAUAAUAU